AUGGUUGUUGUGAAGGAUUACAGCCAAGUGAUGCCAUUCCGCCACGAGGAUGGUGCUAGGCUUAGUGAGGGUGUGACGUACGACAUUAGAAACGAUAGGUUGCUAUGGGUUGAUAUCUAUAACUCGGAAAUCCACGCCAUCGACAACGUGUCACGUGAUGGACGUGAAGGUCGCCAUAUGACCAUCAAGAUCGAGGGUUCACAAGGUCGUGAUUCUGUUGGUGUCGUAUUCUUAACUGACGAUCCAGGUAUUGUGUUGUUUGGUGGUAAAGAUGGGAUCGGCCAAUGGAAAGUCGGUUCUCAUGAAUGGGAAUAUGUAGUGAAAUAUAGUGCUUGUUCCGAAUUAGCUGAAAAUCCUGAUAGGUUACAACGAUUAAGACCUAAUGACGGGAACACUACCCGUGAUGGUAAAUAUAUCUUAAUUGGUUUAAUGAACGAUUUCAAUUACGAUGUUAAAGCCAUUGAUGGAUGUAUCUUGCGAAUUAGUGUUUCAAAGGGGACCGUGGAGAUGGUCUGGGAUGGGAUUGCUAUAGCUAAUGCAGUUCAUUGGGAUCAUGAUGAAAAAUACGUUUUCAUCACGGAUUCGUUGCAACAUACUAUAUGGCGUUGUCCAUGGGACAAACAAACCAAUUCUUUGAAUAGAAACGGUAAAGAGGCAUGGAUUGAUUUUAAAUCUCAUAAUAAAGAGUUUGCUAGUCCCGAACCCGAUGGUAGUGAUAUGGAUAUUGCUAAUAAUCUAUUAUAUGUGACCGUAUGGUCGACACAUCGUGUGCAAGUUUACGAUAUCACUCAACGCAAUAAAUUAGUCCAAGAGAUUAUUUUGCCCGUGACUACUCCAAGGGGCUCCUGCUGUUGUUUAGCUGGCAGUGAUUUGUAUGUGACCACAGCAAACGACGAAAUUAGCGAUGAGCCUGUACAAAAGGGUCAAGGUGGUUCUUUGUUUAGACUAUUAUGCGUUGCAGACAACAAAGCCACCUCGUCUAAAGCAUAUUUGAACCUGCACUAG